UCCACCCUCCCCUCUCGUGGUUUUGACGAGGGUGCCGUUGUCUACCAAGCCCCUCCAGUUGACAGUUCCGGCGUCUCCGUCUACGUCAACCCCGGCAGUGACAGACUCCAACUGUUACAGCCCUUCGACAAGUGGGACGGCGCUGACCUGGUUGAUAUGCCCAUUUUGAUAAAAAUCAAGGGCAAAUGUACUACUGAUCACAUAUCUGCGGCUGGUCCCUGGCUCAAGUAUCGAGGUCAUAUAGAUAACAUCUCAAACAACCUCUUCAUCGGGGCCAUCAAUUGCGAGAACGAUCAGGCUAACAAGGUUCUACAUCGUCCUUCGGGGAAGUGGGACACUGUGCCCUCGGUUGCACGCAAGUACAAAGCGGCCGGUGUGCCUUGGGUUGCUAUUGGUGACGAGAACUACGGCGAGGGCAGUAGUCGCGAACACGCUGCCCUCGAGCCGAGGCAUCUGGGUGGACGCGCAAUCAUCGUAAAAAGCUUCGCCCGUAUUCACGAAACCAACCUUAAAAAGCAGGGCAUGCUUCCGCUUACCUUCGCCAAUCCCUCGGAUUACGACAAAGUGCAGCCCUCCGACACUGUCUCGCUACUCGGCCUUGCCGAUCUGGCUCCUGGAAAGCCUGUCACUUGCCGUCUUCGGCAUGCCGACGGUUCGACCGAGGACAUUCAACUUAUGCAUACUUUCAACGCCAACCAAAUUCAGUGGUUCAAGGCCGGCAGCGCACUGAACCAGAUGAAAGCUAUGCAGGCUUCACACUAG